UCGUACGAUUCGAUGAGCAUCAGGACUGCUUGGUACAAAAUGAGUUGGUGUCCGAUAUGCAUACGAUAGACAUUCUCCUAUACCUAUAAAAUCAAAGGACCCGCACUCUCCUUAAAUAACCGUCAUUCACCCACAGCAAGUUCCACCCAUCCGGGGACCGCCUUCCUCCAUUCACCCAAAACUGUGUUGGCUCCCCGUCGUCAUCAGUCAAUCUCUGAUUCCAUAGGUGGACAUCUUGUGGGUUGGAGCUGUUUAACUCGAUAGACAUGGCUCGGCUAGACCCCCACAGUUCAACGUUUGAACGGAGUUAUCGCUGUUACCCUGUCUCUUUCAUUGAUAAGACACAUGUGGAAAAGGGCGAUAAAAUUAUUAUGCCUCCCUCAGCUCUUGAUCACCUUGCUUCUUUGCACAUUGACUACCCAAUGCUUUUUGAACUCCGAAAUCCAUCUGUUGAGCGAGUUACACAUUGUGGGGUUCUAGAAUUUAUUGCUGAUGAGGGCUUAUUUGUGUUAUACUUUCAGAUGAUGGAAAACAUGCUCCUGCAAGAGGGAGACAUUGUGCAAUUAAAAAAUGCCAGCCUCACAAAGGGAACUUAUGUAAAGCUGCAGCCCCACACUAAGGACUUCUUAGAUAUCUCCAACCCCAAAGCAAUCUUAGAGACUUCAUUGAGGAACUACUCUUGUUUAACAACUGGUGAUACAAUAAUGGUUGCUUAUAACAACAAGAAGUACUACAUUGACAUAGUUGAAACAAAACCAUGCUCUGCAAUCAGUAUUAUUGAAACAGACUGUGAGGUAGAUUUUGCUCCGCCUCUUGACUAUAAAGAACCUGAAAAGCCAGCUCCAUCUCCUAGGUCAAAUAAGACACCACCUGAAGUUGAAGAAGAGCCAGCCAAAAAGAUGCCAAAGUUCAGUCCAUUCACUGGAGUAGCAAGACGUUUGGAUGGAAAACUAUCAGCACUAGCAACUGCAUCAGCUAACAAUCUGAAACAGAGCCCUCAAGAGGUUGGGAAAGAUAGUAGUAGCUCCAAGCCAUCAAACUCUGCAUCUUGUUCACACUCUGGGAAGCUCGUCUUUGGUUCAAAUGUAAACCAACCCCGAAGUGGAACACCAAAGAAUGCCCCAAAUAAGAGCAGUCAAGAGGCACCUCAGAAGGUUGAAGAACGUAAAUUUCAAGCAUUCACAGGGAAAAAGUAUUCUUUGAAAGAAUGAAAUUUAUUGAAGUUCUCUGCCAUUCGUCCAUUUUUUUUGCGAUAGAGGCUAGUUCAACUC